CCCACCCAUGUCCCAUGUCCUUUGUGUCUGUGUCUGUCUGUCUCCUCCUCUGGGACUCUGACAGCCUGUGUGUCUGUCUCUGUGUCUCUUGGUCCAUCUCAGGCUCAGUCUCUACCUGUCCCUCUCUGUCCCCGCCAUGGGGUCUCUCCCUCUGCGCGGUCUUCAGUGGGGCGUGGGUUUCUGCACGUGUGUCCUUCCUGCUUGUUCUGCCCAGGUGUGUCUGUGUGAGCGCCUCUGUUUCGUUCUCCUUCUCCCCGUCCCUCGGUGCGUGACUCUGUUCCUCUCUGUGUCACUUUCUGUGUUUACGUGUGUGUCCACGUCUUCCUGUUCUCUCUGAGCCUGUUUCUGACUCUCCCCGCCCCCGCCCCAUCUGUUUGUAGCCGCGUCUGUCCGGCACAGCAGCGGAUGUGCGGGUGACUCAGGGCUGACAGGAAGCCUGUCGCCUGCCCGCUGCCCGCUGCCCGCCAGUGUGUGUGGCGCUGCAGGUGUGUGGGUGCAGGAUGGGGUGGCCGCAGUGAGGAGCCCUCGACCCUCAGCGCUGCAGGAGGGGACGCCAGGAGCAGACAUGAGCUCGGGGACCGAGCUGCUGUGGCCCGGGGUGGCGCUGCUGCUGCUGGGGGUGGCCGCCAGCCUGUGUGUGCGCUGCUCCCGCCCAGGUGCAAAGAGGUCCGAGAAAAUCUAUGAGCAGAGAAGUCUGCAAGAGAGCCGGCGGAGCUUUGCGGUGGCCCAGACCUACUCCUUGGUUGGGCAUCCGUGGCCGGGGCCCCUGGUGGACACAGUCUCUGACGCGGCACACACGAGGAAGGAGAAGCUGCUGCAGUUCUCUCCCGACCUGGAGGAUCCCGCGUCCUGCAGGUACCAGAACUUCCGCAAAGGAAGCAGACACGGAUCGGAUACAGGCUACAUAGACCCCAUUGCCAGGUGCUAUUACGACCGGGAGCGGUUCCCCAAGCCCUCGGAAGACGACGACGACACCAAUUCCUACGAGAACGUGCUCAUCUGCAAGCCCAGGACCUCAGACAAUGAGGAGUGUGAGGAUUAUCAGAACUCGGCAUCCAUCCGCCAGUGGCGCGAGUCCAGGAGGGCCGUGGGGGAACAGUGGCAGGUGUGUCCCUGUGAACCCUCCGCAGAGCACGUCUGGCGAGAAGCACCGCCCUCCCCGGGAAGCCCAGAGGAGGACGGGGAACCGGAUUACGUGAAUGGGGAUGUGGCCGGGGAAGCCUAGGAAAGGCCGGAAGGAAGGCGCCAAGGCGAGGCAGCUGGAGUACCACUGAGCUUGUGGACCUGCCGGUUGCCUCCUGAGGAUGGCUUUCCAGAGCUGCUCAACUUUUAGGCCCCUGCAUGGCUGCACCUAGAAGGGAUACUGACAUCUCCUAAGGACCACCUGGCCACAGGGUGCAGCCUGGGGAGGGGCAGUUACUCGUAGGACUGCCAAAAAUACACCCCCCACUCCCAACUGAGGCUUCCUUGGACAGGUGCCAGGGGUGACCCAGUUGCCACCAUGGUGGAUGCCCAGGAUUUAGGGCGAGCUGCAGCCCUGUCCCCGUGUCUAAAACAUUGUCUGACACUGGUAGCUAUGUCCUUUUUGCUUUGGAUUUGGAUUCCAAGUUGAUAGUUGCUGGGAUUUUAUGAUCUAUAAUCUUGUACAGUUAAUUUAUAUAGGUGGAGCCAUAUUUAAUAUUCUGAACUUCUGGGUAGAGACUUACCUUACAAAGCAUUACCUGUGGUUACCCUCAGCAUCCUGGCUAGGCGGGGCCCUGGCUCUCCCUCUGUCCUUGAAUGGGGACCUCGCCUUUCUUUGGGCCUCGGUUCACUCAGGAAGAAAUGAGGCUACAGCCACCCUGUGACCCUUCCGUGGAAAUGGCAUCUGCCAUGGACCACAGUGCAUCAGUCUGGAGCAGUGUGGUCAGGACCUCGGCCAGAGGCCCCUCAGCAGCAGUGCAGCCCCUCACUGGCCGGCAUCCUCCUCUGCCCAGGGGGCCUCAGCUAAGGGGGAGCAGGGGACCCGAGGGGAACUUCUGAGUCAGAAACUCAGCCAGGGAAACAUGCCUCCUCCAACCCAAACAUCUCAAUAAACCACUUUAGUUUAAGAGCCUCACUUCUCCUGGGUCUGCUUCAGGUAAAAAACCUUUUGAGGGAAUGAAGUGAAGCCUCUUAUUGAAGAGAAGGGGACCCUGAGGCCAGAGGGAGGCAGGCCCGAGCGCAGCCCUCCUCCCAGGACACCCACACCGACUGGUCCCAUGAGAAGAGAUCACACCAUAAGUUAGGAAAUUAGAGGAAGCCUCUGGAACCCAACUCUUGGCCACUGUCACUUCACACCUUGAAGUCCUGACCUCACAAGCUCAGAGACAAGCGCCUGUACCGUGAGCUCAGGGCUGAGGGGAGGUGCAGGGCUGUGGGGACUCCAGCACUGGAGAGAAGACACCAGGGGAGUCUUGCCUCUGCUGUCUCCCGCCUCGGGAACCAGGUGGCUCUCUGGGCCCACUGUCCUUACCUGCAAAUUGGGGAUAUAAUCAACCCUUCACCUCCCAGGCAUUAUGAGGUCCCAGGUAUUAAGUAACAUUGGGAAGGUAUGUGCUAUGCCUUCGUUUUUAAGGGCUAUAAUUAUUUUUAAUUCCCUGCCACCCUUAACAGAAACCUUAACCCAAAAAGCCAGUAACCUUGGUGCCUUUCCCAUGUCUGUUUAGUGUCACCACUCAAAUGUGGCCUGGGUGGGGGACUGAUGUUGCUUGGGAGAGCCUGCUCCAGCUGCUCCCUGUUCAGACCAGGACACGGGAGCUGUCUGGGACCCACCCAUAACGAGGAUGAGACGGGCACAGGCCCUGUCCACCUGCCGGGACACACGGAACCACCCCUGCUGCCCUUCAUCCAGGAGCCCACAGGACACAGUGUGUUUCCAUCAAAGCUUGCCAUAGAAGACCACUACGCACAGCAGUCUCCCCCGCCCCAUGAAAGACACCAUCCUAAAACAAUGCCUGGGGUUGGCUUCACAAGAAACUGGGGGUGAGGCUGGUGGUAGGUGGUGACCCUGCGUAGAUUAUCUACGUAGUGUUAUCUACCCCAGCGUAGAUAACACUGGGCGAGUUGACAAUGAAUUCGUGAAGCUUCACUGUGUUAUUCUCUCUACUCUGAAAUUUUUCAUAAUUAAAAGAAAAUGGAAAAAAAUA